AUGGUCCAGCUUCUAGCGCUUGCUCUGUGUUUCAACUGGUCUCUAUAUGUUCUGAUUUUGUCUUCGUCUCUUUUAAUUUCUCUGGUGAAGAGAGAGUACUUCAAGCAAGGAAAAGUUGAGCAGUUCCGUCAAAUAUUGGAGGAAGGAUCAAGUUCUGAUAUUGAUGAGUACUAUGCUGAUGUUAAGUACGAGAGAAUAGCAAUCUUGAACGCUCUAGGUGCGUAUUACAGCUACCUUGGUAAAACUGAGACAAAACAUAAAGAAAAAGAAGAUUAUUUUAUCAUGGCAACACAAUAUUAUAACAAAGCGUCAAGAAUCGAUAUGCAUGAACCUACCACUUGGGUUGGGAAAGGUCAGCUCUUACUGGCUAAGGGUGAAAUAGAUAAUGCACUUCAGGCAUUUACGAUUGUGUUAGGCAAUGCACCUGAUAACGUUCCCGCUCUUCUGGGUCAGAGGGCCUUGCAAGUGUAUCCCGGGUGUCCUGCUGCUGUGAGACUGGGAAUUGGUCUUUGUCGUUAUAAGUUGGGGCAACUAGAUAAAGCACGGCAAGCUUUUGAUCGUGUUUUGCAGGCAAGUAUGACUGGGAGGAAUGAGGAAAGGAAUGGAGAAAAUGCAGCAAGCGUUUGA